CGUCCUUUAUUCCAGGUAAGCUGCAGCCUAUGGCAGAGUAUCUGUUCUACCAUUCGUCCGUCCUGACCGUGGUUGUCAUCGCUGUCGAGCGGUACCAGGCGAUCUUCUGUCCCCUCAAGAUCAAGUUCGUCCAGCGGCGCAAACGGACAGCCGCCAUCCUAUGUUCCAUCUGGACCAUCAGCCUCAUAUUCAGCCUACCGUUCACCCAAAUGGCCACGCUCGUGCAACUGCCGUACGGUGACGAAGUGCUAAAUAUCUGUGAAUUUAGAGCAGACAGUACGGCCAGUAAGGCGUUCUACGUCACUGUCAGUGUUUUGUUUUUCUUUGUGCCUUUCCUGGUGCUGGCAGUCUUGUAUGUGGCUAUAUGGUGGCGACUGAGAAACGCUGCUGUGAAGAGAAACGGUAGACUACAGGGGCGGAGGGGCGAAUCAAAGAUACAAUCUCCGCAAAACCAACCUAGAGAGGUUGUCAUCCUAUUUCUGUCCUUUCUGAUCUGCCUACUUCCACAGAGAAGCAUUCAGUUGUGGAUGUUGUUCGCUCCGAAUGAUGACCUCGAAGGGUUGGGAGAAGAGGCGAUCGCAAUUUUGAUCGUGUUUCUUCGCACAGCCGUGUAUGUGUAUUGCACCAUUAAUCCCGCACUGUAUAACCUAUUCGCUUCACAAUUCCAGCUAGACUUCCAAAAAUUCCGAAGACUCGGCGUGAGGAGAAGAUGUGCAAGUGACAGGCUGAGAGGGAACGACGUAGAAAUGUCUUGCUAUGUGUACGGUUCCUGUAACGUCGCGUGCUCUCGCAGUCCCACUGAUUUUGGAAGACUGCGGAAUCACACAAUCCCACCUGCUCGAUCUAGACAUGGUUCAGAAAUAUUACAGACCCAGAACACUCGUUUGUUAACUGUCAGACAUUCAACACAGAAUGGAAUAUUGAUGGAAACUUGCUGUUAAGACGGUAGAAAUAUUGUAAAUGACGAGAAGCUAGUUCAUCCCAUAUAUGCAUCAUUCCACCAGUACAGAAAUCUGCAAACAAAAAGUAAAAAGCAUUGCCAUUCAUCUAAGAUUGUACUUUGUUCAAUAGGAUUGAGACAAAUCCCUUUCUCUUCUUCUCUUUUGCUUGCCCGCUUUCUCUCUCCGUGUAUAUAUAUGUAGCUUUUAU